ACAAAAUGAAGCUCGUCUGUGUGGUCUGUCUAAUCCAUGUGAGUCUUCAGCUGAAGUGUGACAGGACCCAGAUCACAGUACAUGUUGGGGGUGAAUUUGUCCUCUGCUGCACCUACAACGCAGACAAUUUUCUGUUCAGCAAAAAGUACUGGUGCAGAGGAAGCUCUCAUCGUACCUGUGAAGUUUUGGCAGAUUCUGAAACCAAAACCAGGCAAAGAUGGACAGUAGCAGACGCUACAAGAAGAGGGUUGUUUAUUAAAGUGACUGGACUCCGGUUUGAAGAUGCUGGGAUGUACUGGGUUGGCAUCGACAAAAACUACGCAGAUGUCAUGACUUCAGUUGAGGUUGUUGUCACUGAAGUUCCGGUUUCCAAACCUGCAAUCCGGCCAAUCUCUCCUGUGGUGGGCCGGCCUUCGUGUUGGGGGGAGCCUGUCACCAUGCGCUGUGGCUCAGACAGAGGCACAAAUGUGGCUUAUGUUUGGUAUCAACAAACUCGCCCAACCAUCUCCCUGGUCUCAGAGUCUCAUGAUCUACGGCUGCACUGUAGACUAGCUCAAACAGACUCACCUUUUUACUGUGUUGCCCGAAACAGCGUGAGACAAGAGCAAAGUGAUCCAAUGUAUGUGCAGGUUCUGAGGGCAGCAGAGAGCAACUGUAUCUAUGAGGUUAAAAUACAAGGUAAGUCUCUCUAUGACUGUGCAGACAGACUUACCACCACUCCGCCCACCACCACUUCAGUGCCCACUACCUCUACUACUGUCAACUCCUCAUCCUCUCCAGUCUCAACUGUCAAUCAAAAUCAGACACUUCAGAGAGAGAUUCAGAGCUGGCCAAGGACCCCAUGGAUACCGUACUAUAGAGUUCUUCGUUUGAGCCUAAUGGCGUUUAUGCUGAUUUUUCUGCUCCUUGUGGUGAGAUGCACUAAAAGUAAACGCAGAGUAAGUCGUGUGAGGAGGAGACAGAGAAGUACCCAAUGCCCCUGAAUGCACCAUGUCCUGUGACGCACUUCUGUUGCAAUCGCAGUUCCUUGGAAGUGAUUAGCAGCAUUUGGCUGGUUUAUAACUUCUGUACUAUUUUCAUCAUCCAAGUUUUCUAUUCAACAUUUCA